AUCGGCGCCUAGAUGAGUCGUGUCAUCCCGCUCACAGCUGGGUCCGAUUUUCUCGCGCGACACGCGGAAGUGAUCCCCGUGCCGGAGUGCAUCACAUUCUCCCUUGUAUGUUCUCCGCGACAGUGGUGAGGCCUGAAGGUCGUCGUGAAUUCGCGAAUCGCGUUUAAAGUCGCCGGCGAACGGCGAGAAGUUGGCCGGCGAGUGACAGUGUGCCGACGGCGACGGAGCAACUUGGAUCAUCGGAAGUGAAGCGACGACAAAUCGCGCUAGGAUGAGAACAAGAAAACUCAAACGAAACAAUUCGUGUGGCUACUUGGACAGUAGCAGGAAGCUCGGUGAAAGCUCUAUCGCGCGUAAAACUUAGAGUCGCCGUAUGUCUUACUUUUCAUUAAGCGGUUCCACAACUCUCUACAUACCUGUCAUGCGUCUACGUUCCUUUCGAAAUAAAAAGUCCAAUUUUAUAUAAGAAGUGUGCAAGGAGUUACGACAAACGUAAAUUAAAAAAUAAAUUCUUUUACUCGGCUCCAUUCUUUUGAUUAUGUGUGCGUGUAAUGCGUUACCGUGCAUUAUCUUUUAAAAUGUGGCAACCCUAGUAAGACGUAAAGCCGCGUUGUGAUAACGAGUAUACGAGUUCGCGAGUACGAUACAUAAUUUUCAACGAAAAUGGUCCUCGACAAUCUCACCGUGAUGCCGGUCAUCGACGAGUUAGUGGACGACGUCCAGUCGAAUAACACCAAUAUGACGGAUUUUCCUGAUUACGACAUCAACGAUUCCUUCAAUCUUUUCGAUUGGACGGAACUGGCGCCUGUUGUGGUAAUCUACACCUUGACUUUCUUCCUCGGAUUAAUUGGAAACGUCAUUAUCAUCGGUUCAACCCUUUGUCGGCUUAGGCCGUUGCCGGCGACACCGACGAACGUCUUCCUGGGCGGCCUGGCCACGGCUGAUCUUCUGUUAAUUAUAUUCUGCAUACCCGUGAAGAUAGCGAAAUUGUUCUCCUACACGUGGACCAUGGGUAUCUUUCUAUGCAAGGCGGUGCAUUACAUGCAGAGUGUGUCGGCUAUCUGCUCGGUCGUCACCCUUACCGCGAUGUCGAUCGAGAGGUAUUACGCGAUAGUGCAUCCAAUGAGAGCGCAGUACAUGUGCACCAUAAGCCAAGCCCGUAGGAUCGUGAUCAUAACUUGGAUUGCGGCAUUUUUGUUGGGAAUACCAAUGAUGUUUACACAGACUCACAGGCAGGUCGGGAAAAGGUGGAUCGCCUAUUGGUGUGUUCGCGACUCCGAGACCGGACUUUUAUGGAAGGCCCACGAGGUCUAUAUGCUCGUCGUGGUCCUCGUGCUGCCGCUGAUCAUCAUGGCGUUCUGCUAUACGAGCAUCUGCUGGGAGAUCUGGCGCGUUAUGAAGCGCCGGUAUCAUAUGACGUCGCGACAUGCAUUAAAUCCAAACAGCGCGGAUACAGAAUCUAUUCCCAUGACGCAGCGACAGGGCGGAAACGAACGCAAACGCCGGAACGAGAAAGACGAAGAAUCACGGACCAUGAAGCAGGUGGUGAAGAUGCUAGUAGCGGUCGUGGUGCUGUUCACCAUUUGUUGGACGCCGUUACUCGUCGACAAUGUGCUGACCGCUUACGAAUAUCUGCCGCGCGUCAAGAGUGGAAUGCACAAGCAUCUCAACACCGCGUUCCAGCUGAUGGCCUAUUUUAACAGCUGUAUAAACCCGAUAGUUUACGGGUUUAUGUCGAAGCACUUCAGGGAGAACUUCAUGUCGGCUGCCUGCGGCGGGUGGUGGAUUUGCUGCCCUAGGAGAGGCUACCGGGCAUCUGUGACGAGGGACCCGAGUAUCAGCCAGACCAGGACCACCAGCGUAAGGUGGAUCCGAAACUCCUUCGGAGAGUCAAAGUCCCGAAACUCGAGCGACCCGCACGCCGUAGACCAUCCGUGACACGCUUGCGAGAUUCGCAAGUCCCCGGUAGGCGGGCGUGCCCCCGGCAGCGAGAGACCCUUCGAAAGCCUAUGUGCAUGUGUGCGACGAAUGUCCAGCUAGGGUAAGACGAAUGGAGCACGAUUCGAUCGAGAUGGACCUGAUUCUUUCUUCAUCCCCGGACCAGGCCGUCGAGGGAAGUCUCCGUCAGAUAGGAGACUCCCGACAGUAUGACACGAAUAAAGUCGGGAGAGGCCGCGAUUACGGGAUUUACAGAGGCGAAACACGCUGCCGCCGCCGGCACGAUCUUUCGACCACCUAUACGAACGGAUAGCGGCUGUUUCGAGAAGAUAGAAUAUUGCCGAUAGAACGCAAGUAAUAGAAGCUAUCGUGAGUUGACAGCGGGUUGAGGCUAUCCGCUGGGGGCUAUCUCGGUGGUAUAUAGGUAACGUAUAAGUUGCCAAACGGACUCAUAAUAUAUUUAUCCACCUCUUGUCGCACACCUUGUAACGACAGCGUUAUCACUCUCACUCGUCCUUCACUCUCGUGGGCGAGAUAAUUGGACAGGUUGAGUAAUUGGACAUUCGGACAAUUGGGUGUUUAACGUACGGUUAAAGCCGCGCUAGGUGGGCGGAUAAGGGUCAAGCGAGUGGGCAACCGCCGACACAUCCACGGUUGCCAUAUAUACAGUGUAAUAAAACUCGAGACUGGGCAGUGCACGUUUAGCCGCGUAUUUGAUUUUUAUCCAGUAUUGGCUAAACAUUGUUUUCAUGUUAACAAAAAAAAAUGUAGAAUUUGAUGACUGUUUAUCGGUAAAUAUCGCAUCAUACGCAUGGCACACGAAGCAAAGUGUCCCAAUUUCGAAGAGAAAUCGCUUCGACGAACGCUCCGCAAGUGUUUCAAUUUUUUGUUAAAGACGUAUUUUUUAAGUUUUGAACAUGUUUUAAACAAAUACAAAAAAAAAC